CCCUGCGCCGUUGUUUUGGCUUUGAGGUUAGAUUCGCUGUAAAAAUAGGAAAUUGUUAAAAUUUUUUAACAGUUUCGUGAAUUUCGUGAUAAAGAUCGCGCGUGUAAGAGCAAACUAGCAUCAUUUGCAACUCCCCCCAUCGUUUUCGUUUAAAAAGUAGACCGGAAAAGUGGAAAACCGUGCAACACUGCAACCAGAUCCACAAAAAAUCGAGGCUGAAUCGACGGGAAAGCAUUCAACCUUAUUUUUUGCCAAGUUUCUCCGCAAAGACUUCGAAAUUAUUGUGAAACUGUGUAUAAGUUGUGCAUCGUAAUAAUUAUGAUAAAGUUCGCCCGAGCCAGGCGCUGCCUGGUGGACGUGGCCACCAGUUUUGCAGCGCCGGGGAAUAUGGUGAAAUUGUCGCAGCGGACGGUGGCCACCAUGGGGUUAAUCUCGCCAAGAAGCACCUCCGGAAACUGUUGUUCUGCAGGAAGCCGCAACUAUUCCACACAGGCCGACAACCGGAAGCCGGCUACCAAGGAUUUUGACGACGGCGAUCGGCCCCCAUCCGACCCGGAAGCGGUCCAUGCGGAUCUGCUGAAGCGGCUCUCCAAACUGUACGACCAGGAACUGAGCCGGAAUCUGAUCGUGCCGCCAUUCAAGCGAGCGCUCCUCUACGGCCAAAAGGCGGCCGUGCGCGAUCAGGCGGGUGAUUUCACCUUCAUCCAGCUUUACGAAGCCGUCAAACGACUGGCCGUGCAGAUAUCACAUCAUUGUGGCAGUGCUUCCCAAUCCCGAGUAGCAUUCCUGUGUCCGAAUAACAUCACGUACGUAAUCACACAAUGGGCUUGCUGGUUUUCAGGACAAAUCGCGGUCCCGUUGAAUCCCAAAUAUCCAGCAGAUUUGUUGGAGUAUUACGUUAAAGAUUCGGAUGCUUCCUUACUGAUUAGCACCACAGAAUUUCUAGCUUCCGCCGAACCAUUAGCAGCCAAACUGCAGAAACCCCUACUGCUGGCUAGCCACGAGCUUAUGACUGGCUUUCCAGUGACAAACGGCAAUGGAGGUGGCCAAUCGGUGUCACCUGACCAGCAGCAGCAGCAACCUUCAUUGGACGCCGAUAUAUCGUAUCUCGAUCCGCGGCGUGAAAACCUAGUUCAACUGAAUGAUACGCUUGUCGUGGAGAGUGCACUGAAUGGCGAAUUCUACCGUGAUGCGAACGCAAUGAUCCUGUACACCUCUGGUACGACUGGAAAGCCGAAGGGUGUCGUGCUUAGCUACGCAAAUCUAGACGCCCAGCUUUCUGCCCUGGCGCACGCAUGGCAGGUUACUUCAGCGGACUCUAUUUUACACGCACUUCCCUUAAACCACGUUCAUGGUACGAUCAACGCGCUCAACCUUCCGUUGGCCACCGGUGCCAAAUGUGUGAUGCUGCCAAAGUUCGACAGUAGCAGUGUCUGGAGUUAUCUGCUGAACGUGAACAUGACGACGAAGGAGCGCGUGAACGUAUUCAUGGGUGUACCGACGAUGUACGGCCUGUUGAUGCGCGAGUAUGAUAGCGUGUUUGGGCGCAACGCACGUAUGUGUGACUACGUGAAGACGCACUGCAAGAACAAGAUCCGUCUAAUGAUCUCUGGCUCAGCCCCACUGCCUGGUACGAUAUUCGAUCGCUGGCAGGAAAUCACCGGUCACCGGCUGUUGGAGCGCUACGGUAUGACAGAGAUCGGUAUGGCCAUUUCAAAUCCCUAUCUACAGGACACAGAGCAACGUAGCCGCCGACAGGGUUGCGUCGGAAUGCCGCUUCCGGGUGUGAGCGUGCGCAUCGUCGAACCAGACAGUGGCCACAAGCUGACGCUCGAGGGAAAGGAAAAUGAAGGCAUUUGGCGAACGAGCGAAACGAAAGAGCCGGCCGAGGCACUUCCGACCGAGACGAUUUCUGGCCAGCUGCAUGUUAAGGGGCGCUCGGUAUUCCGAGAGUACUGGAAAAGGCCAGCGGAAACGGCCGCUGAGUUUGAUGGAGACGGGUGGUUCCGAACGGGUGACACGGCAAGCUACGAAAACGGCACGAUACGCAUUUUAGGCCGGACAUCGGUUGAUAUUAUCAAGUCUGGAGGAUUUAAGCUGUCGGCACUGGAAAUUGAAACGGCACUGCACGAACAUCCGGAUACGACCGAUGUGGCGGUGCUCGGUGUACCGGACGAAACAUGGGGGCAACGUGUAGUUGCUGUGAUCAGUCUGCGCCAGGAUGUAGCACCUGAAACAUUUAGCAUUCCGAAGCUGCUGGUGUGGCUGGAACAGAAGCUUCCAAAGCAGGCCAUACCGAAGGAGGUGCGCUUGGUGGAAGAAGUGCCGCGUAAUGCGAUGGGUAAGAUUAACAAGAAGGAAUUGACGGCAAAGUUGUACGGCAGCGAAACAACGGCCCAACCAAAACCACCCGUACCCAGUAGUGGUGAUGAGGCGGAAAAAGCAUAAGCAGUGGGGCGAAGGGGUCCCUGUGGAUCGAGCAGAGAUCGCACAACCGAAUCGUAUUUAUAUGUAUCAGAUAGGGUCAGAUAGACGAACACGGAGAGGUCGGAAUGUGUCCGGAGGUCGAAGGCGAAGAUAGGGGCCGAGCUAACCACAGAGGUAGCUCUCGCUAGUCAUUCUUCACAAGAUAUGUAUCGACUAUACUGAAUAUUGUAUCGAUUUUACCGCUUAAUUUGCAGCGUUCGGUUAGAAAUUGAAAGUAAAUUAACUGUUUCUCUGCUCCACCGUAAGCGUGGUUCAAGACGAAAUCAUUCAA